GUUUUUCCUUACCACCAUUUCCUUCCUGGGACACGUGGUGACAGACCAGGGACUCAGGCCGGAGCCGCAGAAGGUUGCAGCUGUGAGAGAUGCGCUGGUGCCUAUGACUAUCACGCAAGUUCGCGCCUUUUUGGGCCUGGCCUCGUACUACCGAAGGUUCAUCAAGGGCUCCGCGGCGAUUGCGGGACCCCUCACGAAUCUGCUGCGAAAGGAUCAAUCGUUGAUCUGGACGCCGGAGUGUGAUCAAGCAUUUUCGAAACUCAAGGCCGCCCUCAUUUCGGACCCGGUCCUUAUAAGGCUGGAUCCCGAAAAACAUUUUGUCCUCAUUACUGACUGGCAGCCAGAGGCAAUUUCGGCGAUCCUGGCCCAGGUGGGACCAAGCGGACUUGAGUGCGUAGUGGAGUAUGCGUCCAAAUCGGUGCCCGUCUGCAAGCGUAACUACACCGCUGCAACAGGAGAAUGCUACACGGCUCUAUGGGGAAUCAGUCACUUCCGAGCUUACUUGUACGGGCGGAAGUUCACAUUGGUAACUGAUCAUGAGCCUCUGUUAGCCCUGAAGAAAUCUAAGGAUUACUCGGGCAUGAUCCAGCGAUGGGCAACGGUGCUGCAGAGCAUGGACUUUGACAUUCGUCACCGGAAACAUGAAAGGCACGGGAACGCGGACGGAUUGACACGACUGCACCGACCUGAGAAGGUUCCGAAGAAUGAGGAGGUGAUUCCGUGGAACGAACCGAAGAAGGAGAACGGACCUCGGUACGGCCAAGUGGAGAUCCUGUCAAAGGAGGAGUCGGCAGGCAAUAGUGUUGGCGGAGGUGGUAGCGGUACAUCGUGGAGUGCAUGCUUGGAAGAGUCUGGGGACAAAGACUCUCUACCGUCGCGGCAGGAGUAUCUGAAGCCAUACGACAUCAUCAAUCACGCUUUCUAUCCGAAGGCGGAGGAGGUGGUGAUAGAAUGGGAGGAAAGUGACGACGACGAGGAAACAUCGGAAGAAGGAAGCUAUAGCGAGUAUAGCGAGGGCGAGCAGAGCGAGGAAGAAGAAGAGGAAGAAAAAAUUGGGUCUGAGUGGGAAGCCUUGUCGGAGGAAGUGACGUUUACUGGCACGGAGGCGGAAGAUCUUGAGGCAGCGCGCAAGCGAGAAGAAGUUGCCACCGGGAAACGCCAACUGAAGUUCGCCAGCGGAGCAAGCCUGCGCAUCGGUGACGAUCCGACCAGGGAUCCGGAGCCGCCGAAGCCUGAAGAUGGCGACCCAGCAGCCGGCACUUCCAGCACGUCACGGCGGAGACGGAGCCGAUCCUCCUCCCCCUCCAGCCCUACCCGUCCCCCAGUUCGUCCACGUACCGAUGCGGGGGAUAGGCCUUCGUUCCCGGACCUUAUCCCACUGUCCCCUUGAUUACCUUACCCUCGAGCAGAUCUGCACCCCCGUCACCUUCCCCGCCACCCCUUCCAUCCCCAUCUCUCUUCCGUGAUUUCUACUCUACGCGCCUAAUCG